CUGCAGUUUUUUCUGUUGCCUGUAGAGUUCAUAUCUUUGUCAACUUAACUGCAGAAUAGCACACCGCACGUCAUUCUCAGGGAGGUAUUUUUUAGUAAAAACAGACAGCUCUGAUCAGCCAGCAGCUUCAUCAGUAUAUUACACCAACAAAACCUCAGAGAAGUAUGGACAAAGAGAGAAAGAUGAUGACUUUCUGUCUGCUCUUGGCAGCUAUUAGCAGCCCCGUGCUUAGUGGAGAAUGGAAGGCCAAUGUUGUAAAAACCCUUGACGCCCUGGUUACAUCCUGCAUUGUGGUACCCUGUUCAUUCACCCAUCCUAAAGAACGCCUGCCCACCUCCAAACUCAGAGGGAUCUGGCAUAAGUCAAGAAAUCGAGAUCAACGCAUCUAUAGCGAUGAUCAAACGCAAGUCUUGGAAAACUUUAGGGGCCGCACACGGUUGUUGGGACGUCUGGGUGACAACAACUGCACCUUAGAAAUUACUGAAAUUAAAGAUCAUGAUAAUGGCCCUUUCUGUUUCCGGAUUGAACUAGCACGAACAGAGACUGAUACAUCCACCGUUGACAAGUUCUCCUUUCUUGAAGAUUGUGUUGAGUUCAGAAUGCUCUCUGAUCCUCCGAAACCUACACUGAUUCACCCCAAGACAGCCAUUCAAGAUCAUCCCUACACUGUCGUCUGUUCAGUCACCCAUACCUGCCCCUCGCAUGUGCCUAAACUCACAUGGAGUAGGGGCACCGCAGACACUGAGGUCCACAGAGAAAUUAGUUUAGGCUUGUGGGAGACACAGUCCAUCCUGACGUUCAUUCCUGAGGAGAAGGAUGACCACAGUGAGGUCACCUGCACAUCACAAUUUAAUGGACACAAGACGUCCUCUUCAACACUGAAACUCUAUGUAAAACGUACAGAAAACUAUAAGCACAUCAUCAUUCCAUCAGUGGUGGGGAUUGGUACUGCUGUGAUCUUUGCAGUCUUCUGCAUUUUCAUGGUGAAAAAAUACAAGAAACGCAUUGCAGAGCUCCAAAGUCAGGAUGGAAGCAUGUGGAACCGGCUGUCCAGGCUGUCUCGCAGGAUUCGUUCUGAUGGCCCAGGACCAUCUCGUUCUGAUCAAAGAAGGUCUAUUUGGAGCAGAUUUUCAAGAAGGCCUAAAGGAAACACGAUGGAUUCCGGUCAUAUGCCCAAUAAUGUCAAUUCAAAAUCCUGUGCUGACCAGAACUUCUCCAAGCCUCGUUUCCCAUCCCCCAAAAGCCAACCAAAAUCCUGCAAUUACAAAGAGGACCUUGAUGAUGGUGACGAUUACAUAAACACUGCAGACCUGAACGUCUAUGGAAACCUCUGAACAAAAAUAUUACCUUACAAAGAGAGAGUUUGUAAUCAAAGCAGGCAACAAAUCUAAUCACUCUCAUAAAGAUCAUUUGUAUUAAGCGCAUCUGAUGAUAGCAGUUUUUUAUGCAUGACUAAUGUUGUAAUCUCUUCUCUCUAUCAAGAAAAAUAUAUUUAAUUAUGUCAUUGAUCAUUUAAUCAUAUUAUUUGAAUUUUGAAUGUAUGAUAUUAUUCAUAAAAUGUAUUUGUUAAUGUCUACCAUCAUUAUGACUUCUGCAUAGCAGUAAGUGUAUAGUAUAUAUUGUAUACUACUAUAAUAGUAUAAAACUUUGUUCAGCCAGUGUAUUUGUUUGUUUAGGUAUGGUGUCACUAUUGUCGGGCCUGAAACAUAACCAAAAUGCCAUAGUGAGAUUAAAUUAAAUAAGUUGAUAUCAAAGGCAAUAAACAAAUAAAACAAGGAGGAAUAAGAACUGAAUGUAAUAGUUUGACAUUUGGGGAAAUGUGCUUAUUCACUCUCUUGCUGAGAGCGGAGAUGAGAAGAAGAUUGACAUCACUCUCACCAUUAAAUAUAAGGCUACAGCCAGUACCUUAGCUUAGCUCAGCUUAGCUUAGCAUAAAGACUGGAAACAGCUAGCCUGGCUCUGUCCAAAGGUAACAAAAUUCUCCAACCAGAACCUCACUAAUUAACAACAAAUGAUAAUUGGCAAGCUUUGGAGGUUUUAGCAGAUUUGUUACCUAUGGGCGGGGCCAGGCUAGCUGUUUCCCCCCAGUUUUCAGUCUUUAUGAUAAGCUAAGCUAACCAUCUACUAGCUCAGACAUGAGAGUGGUAUCAGUCUUUUAAUCUCACACUUGUCAAAAAGGCAAAUAAGCGUAUUUCCCAAAAUGUUUAUAGAACUUACAUAUACAUGCUGGUGUAUCUGAUAUUUCACAUUAGCAUUACUUCAUUAGCAAUAUGAAGUAAACACGGAUCUGGGACACAGUAUUGCUCACAGGACGAGAAACAAUAUGGCUUCAUAAUGGGAAAAGCAGUACAGAUGGAAAACCAAAGAUGUAAUUUACUUCUUAUAAUCUUAUUUACCUAUGGAAGAAAUUAUUUUCCUGUUUCUAGAUACAGAUAAAAUGUUUUGGUCUAUUAACAAAUUGUUUGGACCCAGUUUGAUAAGGUCAGCUGAUUUUAUUUUAGAUUUUGAGUCUUUUAAGAUUAAUUUGUUCUUUACACAGAAACCCGAUGAUCCAUCACUGCAAAGAUUUUUGCCUUCCUUGUGGUUAGUGAAUUGUGCCCUCCGCCCACAUUUUGGGGGGAGGUUUCUUAAAAUGUUACUGUCACUGUUAGGGACUUUUGUUAAAGGUGGUAAAUCUCUUCAUAAACAUUCAACUCCAGAGGUAAGUUGUUCUGAUCUUUAAGAAAUGUAUAUAAACAACCUUUCCAUUUUCCUGCAUUUCACAACUUAAAAUAAUAUUAGUUUAUGUGCAGAAAUACUAAACUUGAUCUCUCGGAAUAUAUUUCUCUAUUGUGAUAUCAUGGCAUCUUCGAAAUGUAGUUGCUGACAAAAAGUAGCACUGAUCUUGGUUUUUAUUAGAUAUCUGAGCCAGUUUAGACAUUAUUAAAGUACAGGAAACAGCUCUUGCAUGUUGCAAAAAUAUCUGUCUCUAUUUUACAAUUUAGAAUCAAAUAUGAAUUCCUGUGGGAAUGAAAUCCCAAAUAUGACAACAACACACAAAAUAAUAUUUAUUUAGGCUGGGCUAAUUUUGCUUGUUACCAGUAGCCUGUCUAAGGAGCUUUCUGGAAUCAAGAAUGUUUUCCUGACUGCAAAGUCUACCUGGUUCUGUUUUUUUAUACCAUAUUGCCACAAAUGAACACUGACUGGCCAAAAUUUAGAACAUUCAAAAUUGAAGGUUUGACUUUCUUUCUUGUUCUAGAAAAUAUAAUGCAGGUUGUUUGAACAGCUUUCAGGUUGUGUUUUUAUUUGUAUCUAUGGCAUUUCUAUGAUUGAAAACAUGUAUCUCAUAUGUAAUCUGUAUGUAAUGUAUUCCUUGUCUGCAACUCUUUGUCACUGAUGCCUAUUUUUGCCAGAGUUUUUAAAAUUAGGUUUCCCUGUUUAAUUAAAAAUAAUAAUAAAUAAAAAUAAUAAAAUACAUAAAAGAUUGAA